AUGGGAUUCCGGCGUCGACCGCCCAAGGUGUCUCUACUGCUCCAUUUAAGACGGAACAAACGCCCUACUACCCCCUCAUCUUCGCAGCAGAGCGAACCAUGGUCGGAUCUCGAGUACUCGUCUUCAACCUCUUCGUCAUGCUCACUCACAGAUGAAGACGACGAGGAAAGUGGCUCACAAUCGGAAUCCGACUCAGAGUCAGAGUCAGACUCGGACGCGGAGCAGUAUGUCAGCCCCUCUGCCAAGGGCAACAAGCAAGCCUUGGGCCCUUUCAAGAAGCAAAAGACCCUCGCGACACCGUCUGCCUCACCACUCAAGUCUCGAGGCCGAGCGAAAUACCAAGCGCGUGCCCAAAACCAAACUCGACCAGCUAGUCAGCCAAAGCUAGCUGCUUAUCAACGAUCCAACGCGACCUUCUCGGUCUACGUGAAUCCAACUCCAGCACCUAAUCCCAAGCAUGGACCUAUCCCGGAUGCGGAGUUUCGAAAAGCCACCCUCGCGUUCGAGAAGGACUACAGCCAGAAGCGCCGAGUUGCGUGUUUUGUCAACAUCCGAGGAGUCGCCAAGGAGAAUCUCAUAGCUCCAGCUCCUGCUCCUGCUCCCGCUACUGGUACUUCCUGGGCGCGAGACCUGGCAAACUGCCCCCGAAAACCCUUAUCGGUCGCCUCCGAGCACAGAACGAACCUGACGACUCCCAGCGUGACGGUCGCCUCGGUCAACGGGACAGAUGCCGGGGGCAGCGGCAGCAAUGACGGCAACGAGCGCGUCGAGCGGAAGCCGCGCAUCAGCGGCGCCCCGUGGAAGAACUUGUAUAAGAGGCAGGGGAAGGCGGAGAUCCCGACCGAGACCCUUCUGGGCAAGUCGAACCGCUCAACCAAGGGCGACGACAACAGCUCGACAUGCUCUUCCGACGAGUCGGAAACUGAACCUCAACGUUACCAAUACAAGACGCCCACCGUGGAGAGCGCGUCCAACCCAUCUGAGGAUUCAGACGAGGUUGGAAAGAAGAAUAACAAGAAGCCGAAGGAGAUGGCAGUCCCUGGACCACUCAACGCUGCUCGAUCUUCCGACUUGCUGCCGCCUCAGCCGUCGAAGAAGCCAACCGUCAAGCCGAAUCCAUCUGUCGCGUUUACCCCGGCCCGGACCAGGGACGGUUCUCAUAUCACCGCCAAUACCAAGGACAGUGGCUACAACUCUAGUAAUGUAUCUGGGAUGUCGAACAAGGUCACUUCCUGUGAUGAUCGGGCCGGUGUUCAACCCUUCGGCGACGAUGAACAACUGCAGCAACAAAAUGAUAAAUAUCGCCACCAUGAGGAGCACUCGAAUGGUAGUACUAAAGAAGAAGCAUCGUCUUAUCAUUCGUCCCCUCUCGUCAGUCCAAACGGUCAACGGGACCGUCGCGAGACCAGUGCUCCAAAGAGAAGAAGCGGCUCUCAUCGCGGCGGUCCUACUGCCGCUCCCUUCGAUCUAGAUGGUGGACGUUUCCGUCGACAGUUAUACGAGGGAGGAGUAUCGAGCCUCGCUCAGGAGUAUCUGGGUAGUAGCCGUCGCCCACCGCGUCCCUCCCCUCCGUCCCUUUCGUCUCCUCCACCCGCCGAGCAGAUCCGCAUGGGGGGAUACUCCGAACUAGCACAGGAAUACCUGAAUCCAUCUGCCUCUCGCCGCCGCCGCCGCGGACGGGCCAAGUUUAACAAUUCGCCAACGGCCAAUCUGGAAGACGUUUUCUACGACGGCAACUCUGGGUUCGGUCCCAGUGCAAGCUCGAUAGCAUAUUCUCGCAAUGCAUACGGUCGGGAAUAUGGUGACUUGAACCUGCAUCGUGAAGAUACCACCAGUGGCGCCCAGCAAGGACGACAAGCCAACAAUGCCCCUGGCCGGGGGGCAUAUGGACAGCAUUCGUCAAGCCCAGAGCACCACUCGUAUGGAAGACGACAUGGAGAUCGGAGUUCUUACUCUGGCAAGUCCUCCCAUCUGGGUCCAUACGCCAACCCCAACCAAGGAGGGCCAGGGCCAAACUCAUACCAGAGCAAGGGCAACACGAACAACCACUCCACCUCGCAGUCCUCUAUCCGUCUACCCAAGCUGCCACCGCAGGGUUUUGUCGAGGAGCUCCCAGAUUCCGACUCGGACUCGUCGACGAUCGCCCAUAUUGGAGGGACAUCCUUGGCUUUUCGUUCGCCUUGUUCCGUUGUCUAG